AUGGCUCUGGAUUGGAGCACCGUGCUCGUGCUCUGCUGGCGUGACACGAUCGAUCGAUAUGUGUGUCUGUCGAUGAUCGUGCUGAGCUUCGAUUGGCGUUUUGGAGAUUUUUUUUGUCUUACAUGGACCGGCCGGAAGGCAACCUUUGCAUCCGACUCUAUUCUAUAUUCUAUAUAUUACACGUCGUCAAAAAAACACACGCCGUCCGAUCGUCAAUCAUCGCUUGAUCUAUUUUCCUCGGUCUCAGGGUACUUCCUCGUGUCUCUGGAUACCUUCCCUCCGUCUCCGGAUGCUUCCCGUGUCUCUGGAUACUUCCGUUUGAUACGACGUCUCCCCUUGUUUCUUUACCCUUCUGCCUCAUCUAAUUUCUUCCUACUCGCUCCCUCCGCGUCGUCCUUCUCCCGGCGCCGGAGCAAAGCCCACCGACGUCCGCUAAGUCAUGGCACCAUCGCCGUCGGGAGCAGCGACUUUGGUUCGUCAGUGUCCCUGCUCCCCUGCGCGCUUUGUCCCAGUGUUGCGUGGUGGGGAAGGAGAAAAGUGGUGGGGAAGGAGAAAAGGUACCGGUGGAAGAUGGCGCUGCCGCAACGACGAAGUGGGGAGCAGUUAGCCAUGGAGUGGGAUGCGCAGAGGCGGAGGAAACUCCCACUGAUAAAGGUAAAGAGAAAGCUUCCUCUUCAAUCUCCUCCAAAGAGGUUCAAACAAGGAUCAUCCAUAUUCAAAGAUUCCACAGACCAAAAAGACCAAGAAUGAUUUAUGCAACCACACGAAGCUAACUGAGAUUCAACCAUUAAAUACAUUGCACCACCUUUGUUAUUGAUCCUACCCUUUUGUAACUAAAUAUAAUGCUCGCAAGUAUAAACAACCCUUCCUAUGUAGUACUAAACACCAAGAUCAGUUUAUGUGAUGAUGGACCAGUUUUCCUAUGUGGUACUAAACACUAGGAUCAGUUUAUGUGAUGUAGGAUCAGUUUCCCUAUGUGGUACUAAACACCUGUAUCAGAUUAUGUGAUGUAGGAUCAGUUUAUGUGGCGCAGCUCAUAUCUAUUUUGACAUGAAAACUAUGUAUGUUAUCAGUUUGUAACUAAGUACAAUGCAAACCUUCAGAUCGUACUAACUACUUAUUAAAGGCAUUUCAUAUCUA